GUGGUUAAACCCCCUUUGAAAGAGAAGAGGAAACAAUAUUUAUGGAUGGGUGAAAAAUCACUUGUGGUGCUUCUUGAAUGUGGCGACUGCUGAACCCCUUUCGAACGAGCGAAUUCGAAAAGAUCUUUUUGUGCAGGGAGAGUCGCAAAGUAUGUCGGAGCAUCUCUUUGUCACAUUUGUAAUAGGGAUAUUUACUUUAUUGCUGGCAUUAUGGUAUUCUAUGAGAAAACAGUCGUAUUGGAAGCAGAGAAAAAUUCCGUAUGUCAAGCCAAUUCCUUUUAUUGGAUCUCUUUACGAAAACAUGAUUACACCUAUAAUGGAAUUGGAAUUGAAGAGACAUUUUGCCCUGGGUUCUGUUUAUGGACAUUAUGAGGCAAAUCGGCCUCUCAUUUCAAUCGCCGAUCCUCAACUAUUGCGGGACAUUUUCGUCAAAGACUUUGUACACUUCGUCAACCGAAGACCGUUUAAAUCGGGUGAUAAAAUAUCGGAUAAAAUGAUCUCAAUUCUCGAAGGAGAUGAAUGGAAGAAAGUUCGAAGCAUCAUAUCCCCAACAUUCUCUACUGGAAAGCUAAAAAGGGUGAUGAGCAUUUUUAAAGACUGUUCGAAGACUUUGAUUCAAAACUUCAGAAUUGCUGCUCUAAAGAAUGAACCCGUCAAUGCAAAAAGGUUUUUUGGUGCAUUUACGAUGGACGUGAUUGCGAGCUCCGCUUUUUCUACCAAGAUCGAUUCACAUAAUGAUCCGGAAAACGAAUUCGUUCAGGCAGCCAGGAGAGCUUUCACACCGAAAUUCAACUGGAGAUUGAUCUUAUUUCUGAUAUCUCCGAAGAUUUUGAAACUGUUGAACAUCUCUUUAGCAGAUCCCUCCGUCAAUGGAUUUUUCAGCAACGUUACUACACAGAUAAUAGAACAAAGGAAAAGGACAAAACAGAAAAGGAACGAUUUCCUUCAGUUGCUGAUAGAUGCUGCAGAAGAAGAAAAUGAUGAUAUGGGACCGAACUAUCAAAAUGUUUUCACAAAUGACGACUCACACAAAAGUCUUACAAUGAAUGAGGUGAUUGCGCAAUGCAUUAUUUUCUUUUUGGCUGGUUAUGACACGACUGCCUCCGCCCUCUCCUUCUCCUCCUAUUUACUGGCCAUCCAUCAAGAAGUGCAAGAGAAGGCCCGUCAGGAAAUCAUCUACUUCUUAGACAAUGAUGGUGUCUUAACUUAUGAAUCUCUGAACAAGAUGAAAUAUUUGGAUAAUAUCAUAUCAGAAACCCUAAGAAUAUAUCCUCCAGCUGUUAGAACUGAACGGAAAGUUGAAUCUGAAUACGAAUUGGGUGACACUGGCAUCAUUCUGGAAAAAGAUAUGAUUGUCACAGUUCCAAUAUACGCCCUGCAUCAUGAUCCUAAGUAUUUUCCGGAUCCUGAGAAAUUUGAUCCAGACAGAUUCAGCCCUGAGGAACGAAAGAAGAGAGAUUCCUAUUCAUAUCUUCCCUUCGGACAUGGACCCAGAAAUUGCAUUGGCAUGAGGUUCGCUCUCAUGGAAAUAAAAGUGUGCCUCGUUUAUAUCAUCAGCUCUUUCAACAUCAACACCUGCCAUCACACAAAAAUUCCCAUACAGUUUCGACCGAAUGCAUUUGGACUUCUGCAACCUCAAGAAAUAUUUCUGUCUUUCGAAUUAAGAGAUGACUCUCCACUACAGAUUUGAUACAAUUUCAUCCUACUUAUACUUAAAUCGACAUGGAAUUGCAGCUUUAAUAUGAACCAUAAUAGUGUGGAAGGAGUAACUCUAAGAAACUGAAAGACAUGCUACUUGAUAAAAGAAGAAAAAAAACUUGAUUAACAUCAAAAGUUAUUAAGGGAGGAAAAAAAAGCAUCGUGUUUUGAGCACUCAUAAAUAAGGCGCCCAUUCUCAAGACCCAUGAAUGAGAAAUCCAAAACAUAUUAACCGCUUCCCUUAUCUAUUUUUUCGAAGAGAAAAAAUGCAAAAAUCAACAUAUUUUUUUAUUUAAUAAUAAGUGCAAGGAACUAAAACAAAACAUAAUACACACGUUCUAAGUUGAAUUUUUAAUUUUUUUAUGUGUAAAAAGUACAUAAUUUACCAUCAGUUUACUAUCCCAAAUGAUCUCGGGCAAAUGAAAAAAAUUAAAUAUGAGUCUUUGUAUAUAUUCACAUCUUCAUCAUCUGAAAAAUCACCUGCAUUACUCUCAGUUUCGCUCGCGAAUACCAUUUUUUUUAACUCUUCUUUUCUAUGUUUAUAAAUCAACCAUCGUAUAUACAAUUGCACAAAACAUCGUCUGCAGUCCCCCCACAUAGCAAACCUCCCAAACAAAAACUGGCAAACUUCCAAAUCACAGCAGAUUAUCAUAAUUUUUUGUUUUGCUGCCGGCCGAGUAAAAAUGUGAUAAAACGACACGUAUCGCCGAAUUUAGCUAUGCCCGAGUAUACUCGGGGUAAUAAAUAUUUGUAAUAUAUGCAUCACCCUUUUCUCAUCAGCUUACCUUGAUGUUCUGGAAUCUUUCACAUCCGACGAUUGAAUAACGAUUUUCCAGUUCCUUAACGGAGCCUUCAUAUCGCUAAAAAGAUGCAUCUUGCCCUGAUUUUGCCUCUUUCGGCAAUCGUCGUUUCCCUCGGCUAUCCUGCGUGUUUUUUUUUUCUCCUUUUUUUUUUUCGUUGCUUUAAUUUACGUACUGGAGUGGUUCUUGGGAAUAUGAAUCUUAUUUUUGAAUGCUACAAACACGUUGAGUUUUUCUAUCGUAAUUUUUGAAGUAAUUGAAGUUUUUUUUCGAUUAUCAAGCAUAAUGUUAAGUUAAGGUCAAUGGAUUUUCACGAUAAUAUUGUUCAAACUACUAGAAAGUUGAUGAAAAUCUACACGAUGUUAUUUUUCAACACGCUCUAAAAUUUCAAACUGUGUAUAAUGCUACAAUUUGAAGAGAAAAAAAUUGCAUUUUUUAGGAAUUGUGUGAAAUUUGGAAUUAAAAUUUUGCGCAAUUAAUAAAUUAUUUAUGCAAUAAUGAUAUAAAACCAGGUAAUUGUAUUAAACAUAUGUACUCAAACAUAAAAAGGGAUUUCACUCCUACGGAGGAUUAUGUGUCCGAAAUCAACUUAUUCACCAAUUAAUUAACAUUUUUUGAAAGUCUCAUUCUAUUCGCUGAAAUGUGUUAUAUUGAAGUUGAUUUCCGAAUUUAUAGCUGAAACAAUUUUUUUUUAAAUCUUUGAAAAAGUGUAAAAAAAUAAUUGAAUCCGUCUGUGCGACUUA